UUGGUACAACAGUCCAGACAAGGCCUUGACUAUGCUCUGGGUUGGUUUGACACAGGCAACAUUGCGUUUCAGAAUAUUCCAGUCCCGCUAACACGACCCGAGCCCUGGAGGUUUGCAGUGGCUGCCUAUGACUAUGACUUGAUCGUCAUCGGUUCGGGACCGGCUGGCCAGAGGGCUGCAAUCCAGGCAGCAAAACUGGACAAAAGCGUGGCCGUACUGGAACGGUUGCCCAUGCUCGGCGGCGUUGACGUCAACACCGGAACUGCCAGCAAGACUUUGCGGGAGGCGGUGCUGCACCUCACCGGCUUUCGGGAACGCAACAUAUAUGGUGAUUCCUACUCCGUAAAACAGCACAUUACGAUGGGCGACCUUAUGGUGCGUACCGGGUACGUUAUGCAGCAACAGGUCGACAUGCUGCGUGUCCACUUCCUCACCAACCAGGUUGAGAUGAUAAACGCGGAAGGCUCGUUCGUUGAUCACCACACCAUAAAUCUCUCGUUACCCGAUAGCAGGCUGAACCGCGCUAUCACAUCCGACAAAGUGAUCAUCGCAGUCGGAUCGUUGUCCACCACCCCGCCUAUCGUUCACGUGGACGGCCGCCUGAUAUUUGUCAGUGACGAUGUUCUGAACUUGCCCAACAUCCCACGCUCUUUGACCGUCGUCGGCGGUGGGGCGAUCGGGCUGGAAUAUUGCAGCACAUUCGCCGCGUUGGGGGUAAGGGUCACUCUGGUGGAUCGAAAUCCGCGUCUCCUCCAGUUCGCAGACGAUGAAAUCGUGGAUACCCUGGUCUAUCACCUGCGGCAGAACGGAGUCACCCUGCGCCUCAACGAAAACGUCAACGAUAUCGAAUACUUGCGAGACCACCGAGGCGACCGGGUCCGCGUGCUGCUCGAAAGUGGUAAACAGAUCAUCAGCGACUCGGUCAUGUAUUGUGUGGGGCGCACCGGAAACACCGCAAACCUCAAUCUGGAAGCGGCCGGAAUCCAGGUCGAUGAGCGAGGCCGCAUCAGUAUAGACGACAACUACCAGACCUGUGUGGAGGGCAUAUAUGCGGUUGGCGGGGUGAUUGGCUUUCCCGACCUCACCUCCACCUCCCGUAUGCAAGGCCGCCUCGCUGCUUGCCAUGCCUUUGAAGAGCCGAUCAAACGAUUCCCGGACCUGUUCCCUUACACCGUCCGAACCAUCCCUGAACUGGCAAUGAUCGGCAAAACGGAAUCGCAGCUGACCGACGCGGGCGUAUCGUAUGAGAUCGGCAAGGCUAACUACCAGGAGACCAUGAGCAGCGUCAUGCAGGGCGACAACGCCGGAAUGCUGAAGCUGCUUUUCGACACUGAAUCCCGAAAAAUUCUGGGCGUACACAUCCUGGGAGAGGACGCCGCGGAGUUGAUUCACAUCGGCCAGGCGGUCAUGGCCCACGGCGGCACGGUUGACUAUUUCACAGAGGCGGUGAUCAGUUAUCCAUCUCUCGCCGAGUGUUACGCGACCGCCGCCCUGAACGGCAUCAACCGCCUGGAUCCGUGA